AAGCACAGAAAUAAAAGUUCCUCUGUUUAUUAAUACUAUAUUAUCAUAUUUAUAUAUUCUGUCUCACUUGCCUUGCCUUCAUUCUCCGGGAACCAAAGCUCUUACUUUCCUGGAUUAUUAAUUUUUUUUUGUUGGCUCUGCUCUAAUCUAAUUAUGGUGGAAGCUUUUUUCCAACUAUACACGAAUUGAGCCGUAAGACAACUAAAUAUAGGGAAAAACAGGAGAAAUAGUAUUUAACGAUUGUUGUUCUGUUUUUCCAUUUGAUUUGGUUUCUCUCCGUUUAUGAUCUGUUCAACAACUGGAACGAUUGUAAUUCCCAGAGAAACUAAAUUUCAAAAAUUUCCAUUUAAACAUUCCCAUUUUCAAGUGAAAACAUACGUUUGUAGCAAAACAAAUUACAAACCAAAGAGCCGAUUCAAGGAUUUCAAUCCCUUGAUCUCAACCACUACUAAAACAAUGGCGGUGGAGCCGUUUACGUCGGGCGCGAGUGGCCGUAUAAACGCUCUCUUCUCCUUACGUGCUUUGAGGAGCCUGAUGAUGCUGGUAAACGCCAUCGUCUUGUUACUGCUGCUGCCAUUCCGGGGACAAAAGCGCGCCGUCGCGAUCAAUUCCGGAGAGAAAGUUGGAAAGGAUGAGAAACAGGAGAGUGGGAGGAAAGGGUCGGCGGUGGUGAGGGUGCCGGCGGCGAUGGUGCCGUGGAGAAGCGGGGCGGUGACUGUGGACCAGGAGGCGGCGGCUAGGCGGGCACUGGCGAUUCGGAGGGUGGUUCAGGACGAUGAUGACGACACGGUGAGGGAGUUUUCGCUGUUUGUUAAUGCGAGAGGCGAGGCAUUAUUCACUCAGUCGUGGACUCCGAUUUCUGUCAAAGUCAGGGGACUAGUUGUUCUGUUGCAUGGUCUGAAUGAACACAGUGGCAGAUACAAUGAUUUUGCAAAGCAACUUAAUGCGAAUGGAUUGAAGGUCUAUGGAAUGGAUUGGAUUGGACAUGGUGGAAGUGAUGGGCUGCAUGCAUAUGUUCAUUGUCUUGAUGAUGCUGUUACUGAUAUGAAAAUGUUCCUUGAAAAGGUUCUUGCUGAAAAUCCUGGGCUCCCAUGCUUUUGCUUCGGGCACUCAACGGGUGCAGCAAUUAUUCUUAAAGCAGUACUUGAUCCUAAGGUUGAAGCCCAAGUAGCAGGCAUUGUCCUGACUUCCCCGGCUGUGGGCGUCCAGCCAUCUCAUCCAAUUUUUGUGGUACUUGCCCCAGUUAUCUCAUUUCUAUUGCCAAGAUACCAAGUUAGUAUUGCGAAUAAGAAGGGCAUGCCAGUUUCUAGGGACGCAGAGGCGCUGGUGGCUAAGUAUUCAGAUCCGCUGGUGUACACUGGAUCCAUCCGAGUAAGAACUGGGUAUGAAAUUCUUCGAAUUACAUCCUACUUGCAGCAGAAUAUGAACAGAUUGAGUGUUCCGUUCCUUGUUCUCCAUGGCACUGAUGAUACUGUAACUGAUCCUCAAGCUUCUCAAAAACUGUAUGAAGAGGCUUCCUCAACUGACAAAACAAUCAAAUUAUUUGAAGGGCUCUUACAUGAUCUCCUCUUCGAACCAGAACGAGAGACUAUAAUGAAUGACAUUAUCCAGUGGUUAAAUUGUAGAGUAUAAAAGGCGGGUCGCAGCGUUGAAAGAGAGAAUACUGAGUUCUUCUACCAUGAUCCAUGAAAAGACAAAGUAGGAAAAGGAACGAACUCUUGCUCUCAAAGAUUGCUGCUAGAAGGUUUCCAGUGAAGUAGAUGACAGCAAAUUGCGUGGCCCAAUAAGAUUCAGCAUCAAUGUUGGAACCUGACAAUGUUUUUCUCUUCUUUUUUCAUAUAUAAAAUAUUAUGAAAUUAAGGAUUCCUCUGGACAGCAUCUAAUGUUUCAUUUUCCUUGA